CUAGGAACCUGUGUAAGCCCACAGAUCUCGGGGUGCCCACAGCCAGGCUCCAUGGCUUGGGUAUGCCGGCUGGGCCUGCUGCUGGCCCUGGUGCUGCCCGCGGUUGGCUCCUCCAGGCCGGGCAUCGUGGUGAGACUCAACCGUGCGGUACUGGACUACGUGUCUGACAUCGGGAAGGCCCCUCUCCAGCGAGCCCUUCAGGUCACCGUUCCGCACUUCUGGGACCGCAAUGGAAAGGAGCUUCAGCUCACCAGGAUCCAGAUUCCAGAUGUCCAGGUACCCGACCUCCACCUGACGUUCAUUGCCGGUAUGGGGAUCCGUGUGUCGGCAGCAGCCAAUUUCACAUUCAGGGUCUUUCGCAGUGGCCCUGAGCCUCUGGAGCUGAAGCUGCCUGUGGAGCUGAUGGCCGACGCCCGGGUGACCCAGAGCUCCAUCCGGAGCCCGCUGGUCAGCAUCUCUGCUUGCAUCCCAUCCCUGGACCACGGCUUCCUGCUCGAUGGCCACAACAGCACCGCUGAGGACCCCUUAUCCCAUGCCUCUUCCUCCAGCCCCCCGGCACUGCUGCCACUGCAGAAGCAUCUGAAAUCCGUCCUGAGGAACAAGCUGUGCCUGAGCCUCGCCAGCCUGGUGCAGGACCUCAACGUCCACCUGGGAACACUGAUAGGCCUCACCCCCGUGGGCCCCGAGUCCCAGAUCCAGUACUUCAUGGUCGGCAAGCCCACAGUCACCAAUGACUACAUUGCCCUGGACAUCAACGCGGUUCUCUUCCUGCUGGGCAGUCCCAUCGUCCUGGCUGUGAACGCCACCCCCUUCCUGCCGCCUCAGCCUGUGGGCGCGCCGGGCGCCAUGGUGACCCUGUGCCUCUCCCAGGACCUGUUCGACUCAGCCCUCCUGCUGCUGCAGAAGGCUGGGGCCCUCAACCUGGAUGUCACGGGGCAGCUGAAGUCUGAUGAAAACCCGCUCAACACCUCCUGGCUCGGCCAGUUCAUCCCUGAGGUGACCCGCCAGUUCCCCAACCCCAUGCCCGUGGUGCUCAAAGUACGGCUGGGCGCCACGCCUGAGGCCACGCUUGGCGCCGGCAAUGCCACCAUGCGGCUGCAGCCCUUCGUGGAGGUCCUGGUCGCCACCUCCAACUCGGCUUUCCAGUCCCUCUUCUCAAUGGACGUGGAGGUGAACCUGAGCCUCCAGCUCUCCGUGUCCAAGGUGAAGCUUCGUGGGUUUACUUCUGUGCUGGGGGAUGUGCAGAUCACCAUGACCUCAUCCAAUGUCGGCUUCGUUGACAUCGACCAAGUGCGCUUGCUCAUGGGCCCAGUGUUUAAGAAGCCCCUGAUGAACCACCUCAACGCUCUCCUGGGCCUGGGGAUCGCCCUCCCCCAUAUGCUCAAUCUCAAGUAUGUGCCCCCCGAGGUCUUCAUCCACGAGGGCUACGUGGUGGUGUCCAGUGGCCUCUUCUACGAGCGCUGAAGCAGCACCUUCUCAGGCUGGGCACGGGCCAGCUCUCUGCUCUGGGUCUCAAGUCACAGGGGAAACCGAGGCAAAGCCGCACUGCCCAGGGCCCAGCCAGGCUGUUUACUCUCCACUGCGAACUGGG